AUGGCUGAUCGUGGCGGAUUUAGAGGAGGAUUUGGAAGCGGAGACCGUGGAGGUCGUGGCGGUGCUGCCGGAGGACGCGGAGGAGCUGCUGCUGGAGGCGAGCGAGGCCGUGGCGGACGUGGAGGCCGUGGUGGUCGAGGAGGACGCGGUGGAAGAGGUGGUGGCCGUGGAGGCAAGGAAGAUAAGGAAUGGAUGCCUGUCACCAAGCUCGGACGUCUCGUCAAGGACCGCAAAAUCACCACCCUCGAGGAGAUUUACCUUCACUCGUUGCCAAUCAAGGAGUUCGAGAUCAUUGAUGCCCUUUGCCCCAAUCUUAAGGAUGAGGUGCUCAAGAUUAUGCCCGUCCAGAAACAAACCCGUGCCGGUCAACGUACCCGCUUCAAGGCUUUCGUCGCUAUCGGGGACCACAAUGGUCACGUCGGAUUGGGAGUGAAGUGCUCAAAAGAAGUCGCCACCGCCAUCCGAGGAGCCAUCAUUGCCGCCAAACUCGCCGUCAUCCCUGUUCGACGAGGAUACUGGGGCAACAAACUUGGUCAACCCCACACCGUCCCCUGCAAAGUCACCGGCAAGUGUGGCUCCGUCCUUGUGCGCCUCGUCCCUGCCCCUCGUGGUACCGGAAUCGUGUCAGCGCCUGUCCCCAAGAAACUCCUCCAAAUGGCUGGUAUUGACGAUUGUUACACUUGUGCCACCGGACAAACGGCCACCCUCGGAAACUUCGCCAAGGCCACCUAUUCCGCCAUUCAAAGAACAUACUCCUACUUGACACCCGAUUUGUGGAAGGAGCAAGACCUCGACAAGACCCCCUAUCAGAAAUUCCACGAUUUCUUGGCAAAAAAU